CUCAAAAGCCGCCGUUAAAAUAAAAGGCCCAAAUAAAUUACCAUAAACCUACUCUAUCUCCUCCGUCGGCUCCUUCCUCCAGCCGCCCAUGGAACGCGAACAGAACCAGACCGUCUCCGCCAGAAAAAGCUUAAAGCGGAAGCUCGAUCAAGAUUUCCAAGAAGAACUGGACCAACAAUCCUCCGAUCGCAAGAUCUCCUCCGUCGCACCCCACGAUGCUCACCAAGACCUGCUCCGUGAGGUCCGAUCUCUCAUCGGAAUCCUUGGUUCAGCCGACUCCGACCGUGCCGCAUCCAAACGCGCCACCCACGCGCUCUGCGAACUCGCCAAGAAUGAGGAAAUUGUAAAUGUUAUUGUGGAUUGUGGAGCUGUGCCAGUUCUUGUUAAGCAUCUCCAGACAUCGCUGCUGUCGCCGGGUAGAGGUGUUGAGGGUGCACCAAGGCCGUACGAGCAUGAAGUGGAGAGAAAUGGUGCUUUUGCGAUUGGGCUUCUUGCUGUUAAGCCUGAGUAUCAGCAGCUAAUAGUUGAUGCUGGAGCUAUAUCACACCUGGUGGAUCUGUUAAAGAGGCAUAGAAAUGAUGCUAACUCUAGAGCAGUUAGCGGUGUCAUCCGGAGGGCAGCUGAUGCCAUCACUAAUCUUGCUCAUGAAAAUAGCAGCAUCAAAACCCGUGUCAGGAUUGAAGGUGGCAUACCUCCUCUUGUCGAGCUGCUCGAGUUUUCUGAUGCAAAGGUGCAGAGAGCAGCUGCUGCAGCCCUGCGUACCCUUGCAUUUAAGAAUGAUGACAACAAAAACCAGAUUGUAGAGUGUAAUGCAUUACCUACCCUUAUACUAAUGCUUUGGUCUGAAGAUGCUACAAUACAUUAUGAAGCGGUUGGUGUAAUUGGAAAUCUGGUUCACUCAUCCCCAAACAUUAAGAAGGAGGUUCUCUUCGCUGGUGCUUUGCAACCUGUUAUUGGACUACUCAGGUCUUGCUGCUCAGAGAGCCAAAGAGAAGCAGCUUUAUUACUUGGUCAAUUUGCAGCUGCUGAUUCAGAGUGCAAGGUUCAUAUUGUACAAAGAGGAGCUGUGCAGCCGCUAAUUGAGAUGCUUCAGUCUUCAGAUUCUCAAGUUAAGGAGAUGUCGGCCUUUGCUCUAGGGAGGUUGGCUCAGGAUACGCACAAUCAAGCUGGCAUUGCUCAUAAUGGGGGUAUAGUGCCUCUGCUUAAGCUUCUUGAUUCAAAAAAUGGAUCUCUGCAACACAAUGCUGCGUUUGCUUUAUAUGGUCUUGCAGAUAAUGAGGAUAAUGUUGCAGAGUUUUUUAAGGCUGGUGGAUUUCAAAAACUCCAAGAUGGAGAAUUCAUGGUUCAACCAACUAAAGAUUGUGUAGCAAAGACGUUAAAAAGAUUAGAGGAAAAGAUUCAUGGACGGGUAUUAAACCACCUAAUUUAUCUACUACGGGUUGCGGAUAGAACAAUCCAAAGACGAGUGGCCUUAGCUCUUGCCCAUCUUUGUGCCCCUGAUGACCGAAAGACUAUUUUCAUCGAUAACAAUGGCUUAGACUUGCUAUUAGGGCUUCUUGAGUCUGCGAUCCUGAAGCAACAACGUGAUGGGUCUUUGGCCUUGCACAAGUUGGCUACAAAAUCUACCUCUCUUUCGCCUGUGGAUGCAGCGCCACUAUCACCAACCCCACAGGUGUAUUUGGGUGAACAAUAUGUUAAUAACCCCACCCUUUCUGAUGUCACCUUCUUAGUUGAAGGUAAACGAUUUUAUGCUCAUAGAAUAUGUCUGCUUGCUUCUUCUGAUACAUUUCGCGCAAUGUUUGAUGGUGGUUAUAGGGAGAGGGAUGCUAAAGAUAUAGAAAUUCCAAACAUUAAAUGGGAUGUUUUUGAGUUGAUGAUGAGAUUCAUAUACACAGGAUCUGUAAAUGUCGAUUUAGAUAUUGCUCAGGAUGUACUCAGAGCUGCAGAUCAGUAUCUUUUGGAUGGUCUGAAACGUCUCUGCGAAUAUACCAUUGCUCAGGAUAUAUAUGUAGAUAAUGUUUCCCUCAUGUACGACCUAUCAGAGGCCUUCAACGCUUCGUCAUUAAGACAAGCUUGCAUUGUUUUCAUCUUGGAGCAGUUCGACAAACUGAGCAUCAAGCCAUGGUACUCUCGUUUGAUUCAACUCAUCAUACCAGAGAUACGGAGUUCCUUCACCAAAGCACUUACAAAACCUGCCCAAACUGAUGUAUGGCAGGACUAGAAGGCCAAUCAGCAAUUUUGAUCUUUGACUGAAAAAAUACAACGGAGGACAAAAUGCACAUAAGAUUAGAUUGUACAUAGAUUAGAUAUGAAAACUAUCUUAAUCAAUGCUCUACUUGAUACAGUGAACCCAUCUCUUUUAGUCGUUCGCGUGGUUGUGAAGAUAGAUGAGAUGUGAUUUUUUGUAUUGACUAUUGAUCAUUGAGAAAAGAAAAACAAAAGUUGAAAUGCCACUAGUAGUUUAUUGAAACAAAGAAAUGAGAUUUUAGUCUUUUAGCUAUAA